AUGGCAAGCUAUCAGCUUCCUCCAAUUUCUGGGAUUCCGGCCCUCUCAACAAUUGAGCGAGCAGCUGUUCUCGAUGCUCUGUUUGAACCAUGUACCGCUUUACAUACGUUAUCGGUUGACCUUCUCCAUACUAAGAAUUUUGAAUCUUACAACCAGCUCAUUGCAAGAGUGGGAGCGCAACUGACAGGGCUCUCCGAGAGUCCGUCUACGAGUGACACAGAGUGGUUGGACAAGAUACUUGGAGCACAUCCCAGGCUCGGUGAAAAGAAAGUCGAGAGCGUUCAAUCUCAAGCGGAACAAGCUCAGUUGAACACAGGGGGAGAAGGAGAGGCAGCGAAAUUAAGAUCACUGAACGACGAAUAUGAAAAAACUUUUCCAGGGCUGAAAUACGUGUACGAUGAUGCACGAGCCAUUCUUGGUGUUGAGCUGACAUUAUCUAGUGUUUUUGUAAACGGAAGACCACGUCCUGUGAUCAUGGCAAAUAUGCAAGAGAGAAUCUCGCGCGGUGAUAUUAAACUAGAACGAGCAGAGGCUAUCAAGGCAAUGUGUGAUAUUGCUGCCGAUCGGGCUUCCAAACUCCAACAGCCCUGA